CGUCUCUUAUUCCCGGAUCGUAUUCAUGGUGCAAAAAAUAUAAAAACAAAAAAGAACUGAAGGAAAUGGGCACAGAUAGAUCCACACUCGACUUAACGCUUCCAUGGCCCCAAUUAUAUAAGACCGGAGCCCGAAGAAUCGAGGAGGGCUAAGCGAUCUCGCGACUUGCGACUCGAUUUCCAAGUUGUUUGACAGCAUUUUUUGUCGUAUCUAAACCAAGAUGUCGCACCACAUGCCCCGUCGCACCAGCGAGUUCCGCGGCACUGUGCUGGAGGAUCGCGGCACCGCCGACAAGCGGCAGACCAGGGCCACCAAGCGCAGCACAGCGGCGCUCAUCACUCCCUCCUCCGGCCAGGUGAAUCCCCGCAGACGCUCGGCCAUCCCGCAGCCGCAGCCGAUGAACCUGGAGCGGGAUCGCUUCACCCAGAUGGGCGUGACGCCCAAGCGCGGCCUCCACCACCACCGCACGGCGCCCUCGACGGCGGAACGCCCGGUUGCCCCGCAUUCGGACAAAAAGUGGGUGGCGGAGCGGGCCCAGCAGAUCCUGGAGUAUCUGCAGGACGCCAAUCCGGCCGCGCUGAGCAUCUCGGAGCUGUACAAUCGGCCCGGCGGUCUGCGGCACAUGACCAUCAAGCAGUUUGUGUCGAUCCUGAACUUUCUGUUCCAGCACAUCUGGCGGAAUCGGGUGACCGUGGGCCAGAAUCACGUCGAGGACAUCACGAGCGCCAUGCAGAAGCUGCAGUAUCCCUACCAGGUCAACAAAUCCUGGCUGGUGUCGCCCACCACUUCGCAUUCCUUUGGCCACGUCAUCCUGCUGCUGGACUUUCUCCUCGACUUUGCCUCCUCGGAGGAGCCCGGGUUCCCCUUCAUGGAGACCAGCGAUCAGCCCAGCGUGCACGGCGAAUCCUCGCAGCUGCAGGCCAUCCAGCUGGAGGAGGAGGUCAAUGCGCUGCUCUUCGCCGAGGCCAGCAAAUGCUUCCUCUUCUGGGACCAGGAGCUGCUCGAGGAGCAGCUCAGGCUGCAGGCGGAGACGGGGGAUCAGGUGGUGAGCAAGAAGUGCGAUUUGCCGGAUCGCCAGGCGCUGGAUCGGGUGAUUGAGGAGCUGCAAAAGAAGCUACAAGUCCUGGAGGGUAGUAACGAUGGAAAUAAGCUGGAGCAGCUGAUCGAGGAGCAGGAGCAGCUCGUCCGGCAGCUCAGCGAAUGCCAGGCGGAGGUGGAGCAGCAGCGAAACCUCGACAAACGGCUGGCCGAACAGGCGGAGGAGCAGCAGGCGCAUCUCCGCCAGCAGGCCAAGUACGAGCUGCGAUUGGAGCAGGCGGUCUCCAGCCAAAAGUACUCCGCCCAGCAGCUAAAAGCGCUGCAGAUAAAAGCCGCCGACUUGGAGAACUAUUCGCAGGCCUACGAGCGGCAGGUGAAGGAGGUUUCCGAGCUGGAGCUCCACCAGCAGGUGAUGCUAUCCCGCGCCAAGCAAAGGCAGCUCGACUGCGUGGAGGGUUUUAACUCGCAUGUGCGGCAUCUGAGCAUGGAUCCCUUGAUCGGCAACCUGAUGAAGGCCAAGCAGUUGGACCUCUCGCUGCCGCUCAAUCCGCAGCCGGAGGACAUCGACGAGCGGAUGCAGUGCCUCCAGCUGCUGGGCCAUCUGCUGCAGCAGCAGCGACAGCAGAAUCUGGAGCGGCGGCAGUUGUUCAGUCAGCAGGUGGAUCAGUUGAAGAGCCCGCGCAUCGAAUUGGAGGCGGAAAUCGGCAGCUUGGAGUCACAAAUGCUGGCGCACAAGCAGCGGCUGGCCAAAUUGGAGGCGGGCCAGCGCAGCAGGCGCGACAUGGCCAUGCAGCACCAGCGGCAGCUGCUCGAGGAUCAGACCGAUCAGCUCGGCCGAGUGGAGCAGUUGGAGCAGCGGAAACAGCAGGCGGCGGAGCAGCUGCAAGCGAGUGUGCAGCGGAACGAGGAUCUCCUAACCGCCGGCGAGCUUCACCAGGAGGAGGAUCACCAGGCACGCAACGCUAGCCUCGAUAAUUGCGAACUGAAGCUGGCCGGAGCGGAGGAGGAGCUGCAGGCGCUCCAAACCAAGCUCACCGUCAGCCAGGCCAAGCUGGAGGUGGCCGAGCAGCGGGAGAAAUCCCUCCAGCUGGCCUCCUUUGAGCCCGUUCUGCAGGCCAUCAAGCAGUUUCAGUCCUCUCGAGGGCCAAAGGAGGAUCGUUAG